UGAACAUAUACCAGCAAGAAUUGUUCCCUGUCCUCUGGUGGCAAAGCCAUGCUUCACAAGACCCCAGAGCUGCCUAGGAGGAGCGGCAUGUCUCCAGGCAGGGCCAUCACCUUAGCGAUGGUCAUUUUCACCUUGGAGAUCAGUGCGCAGACCCCAGAAUACACGUUCAGGGAAGAGCUGACACACAGAGAAGACUCUCUGUCACCCAUAGACUGCAGAAUGAGCCCCUGGAGUGAAUGGUCACCGUGUGAUCCUUGCCUCAAACAAAAGUUUCGUUCAAGAAGCAUUGUAGCCUUUGGACAGUUUAAUGGGAGGAGCUGUGUUGAUGCUUUGGGUGAUCGGCUACCCUGUGAACCCACUGAGGAGUGUACGGAGGAACAGAUCAACUGUGGGAACGAUUUCCAGUGUGGAACAGGCAGGUGCAUAAAGAGGCGACUUCUGUGUAAUGGUGACAACGACUGUGGAGAUUAUUCAGAUGAGGAUGACUGUGACAGAGAUCCACGCCCCCCUUGCCGCGACCGAGUGGUAGAAGAAUCUGAACUGGGACGAACAGCAGGCUAUGGGAUCAAUAUCUUAGGGAUGGAUCCCCUGAACACACCUUUUGACAAUGAGUUCUACAACGGACUCUGUGACCGGGUACGGGAUGGAAACACUUUGACAUACUAUCGCAAACCAUGGAACGUUGCUUUUCUGGCCUAUGAAACGAAGGCUGAUAAAAAUUUCGUAACUGAGAAUUACGAAGAGGAGGUUCAUAUAAUCAGAGACUUCUUACGAGACAGGACCUUGAACGUUAAUGCAAAUUUGGCUCUAAAGUUUAAAAUCACCGAAGCGCCUAUGAAAGUCAAAGGAGUUGAUUCAGUUUUCCCAGACGAAAACUCUUCAACGCCGGAGAAAAAGAAGGACAAUUCAGUUGGUUUUGAGUUUACCUAUUCCAAGGAGGAUAAGUUUAAACGAAUAUCAACAUAUUUUUCAAAGUCGGGAAAGGUAUUCGUACAUGUGAAAGGAAAGGUUCACGUGGGUAGAUUUGUGAUGAGAAAUCGGGAUAUUGUGCUGGCCAAAACUUUCCUGGAUGACCUACAUGCUUUGCCAACCUUCUAUGAAAAAGGAGAGUAUUUUGGAUUUUUGGAAACCUAUGGCACUCACUACAGUAGCUCUGGGUCUCUGGGAGGACUCUAUGAACUGAUAUAUGUCUUGGAUAAAGCUUCCAUGAAAGAUCAAGGUGUUGAAGUGAAUGAUGUAAAGGAGUGUCUUGGGUUUAAAGUGGAUGCAUCCUUAAAUACCCCUCUACAUACCUUCUUUGAUGAACCUAGCACCACAGCAACUGUUAACACAAAUGAUUGCACAAAAAUAGGAGGAGGCGGUUUAAGAGUAAAUCUCACCAGCGACAGCAUCAUAAGCGGUGUCAUUGCAAACAUAAGAGGAGGAGCAGGGAAACACGCAGUUCUCCUGAAAGAAAAGCUUCACAGAGGAGACAAGAUACUCGAAGCCAGCGAUGUUGCCAACUGGGCCUCGUCCUUGGUUGAUUCUCCGGCACUCAUUAAUCAAAAACUCGCCCCUAUAUAUAAUCUGGUUCCUUUGAAAAUAAAAGAUUCAUACAUAAAGAGACAAAACUUGGAAAGAGCUAUCGAAAACUAUAUCAAUGAGUUCAAUGUGAAAAAAUGCCAUCCGUGUCAAAAUGGAGGCACAGUGGUUCUCCUGGACGGACAGUGCCUGUGCUCCUGCCCACCCGCAUAUAAGGGGAUCGCCUGUGAAAUCAGUGAACGAAAGUUCACUUAAGG